AUGGCAUUGGUUAUAGUGGAUCCAGAUGGAAAAUCACCUUCCUAUAUAAAUGAUAUUCGAUCAUCUCAACAGCAUCAACAACGGGAGCAGGUUUCCACCGAUCAUUUAUUGAUUCAUCAUCAACAUUUAUCCAACUCUGCAUUAGAUGCAUCACCAACACAAUGUGAGCUAUCAUGCAACCACCCCAUCUCUCGUACAAUUCCAAUGCAUCAUAAUGUUACUAUGGGAGCCUCAACUUUGUUAACAACACACUCAGUCGGCGCUCAAGACAAAUGCCCAGAGAAGGAUAUAUCAAGAAUGAAUAGCUCCAUAAAUACGUAUGACCUUAAUCAAUACUCACCUAGACCAAAUAUGCCCAGUGAACCCUCGCGCUCUGAUGGCGAAUUAUCUAAAAACGAAGGCACGCAACUCUCAAUCUCUGUUCAUGGUCACUCUCAAUUGUUUACUGUUGACAAAGUGGGGCAAUAUGUCCAACAAGUUUAUAGCCAAGACCCUAAAAACAGUGAGGAUUGCCUUCCAAAAUCAGAUACUCGAAUCUGCACGUUCUCCAAAUAUCAAAGUAAUUUCCAAUAUUACGCAAAAAAAGAAAGUGAACAUUAUCGCAAUCAAUCAAUGAACUGGGUUCAUUCAAACAAUCACCUCAUGAUGAUGGAUAAUAAUAAGGGUUCACAAUUAAACCCAUUACAGAAAGAUCAACCAUCACACUCUUCAACACAGCAGCAGCAAUUGUCCCAACAUCAUCACAUAAUUGACUCUACUCAGAAAAACACCCUUAAUUCUCCACAGCAUUGCAUCAUGAACCAAGAGAAUAAGUCCAUGCCCACUACAAUGCCAAAUAAUACUUCUAGUAGUAGUAGUAGGAGCAGUAACAUGGUAAAUCAUUACAUGUCUCCAUCAAAGAAUCACAUCUUAACUCUUAAUAAUACUAUUCCUCUCACAACUACCUCAUCAUGUACAUCAACUAAAAUCAUAUCUACCUCUUCACUCUCUGAAACAAAUCAACAAAUCACAUGUCCUACAAAUCAUCAUGUUCUCCAGCAACACAUGUACCCAUCCUCUCAACAUGCCUUAACAACAUUGGGAUCCUGCUCUGGUAGCUCAUGUAACAACAGCUUGAGUGGAGGGGAAGAGAAUAGUACCACAACAACCAGUGAAAAGGUUCAAAGCUCACAAACCAAAACAAGCAAUAGCAGGUCGAGAGCAACCAAAACUCCUCGUAAAAAGUACCGAAGAAGUCUAUGUAUUGAGGAGAGAGAUUUACUUAGAGUAUUGCAUUUACCACAAACUCAGGCAUGUAGCUCGUUGGGGUGUAGUCUUUCAACUUUAAAGAGGAGAUUUUACGAACUCAAAGAUAAGAUUGGUAUUGAUAAAUGGCCACAAUUCUACAAUGAUAUUAGACAUUUAGAGGCCUUUCCACACAUUUAUCCAAUGUCUUUGGAGUUUGUAAUGAACGAUGAACAAGCCAAUGAAAAAUAUCUAUCAACAGAAUGUAUGCAUGCAUUAUCAAAAGCAUUUGAAUGUAGUACAUUGGCAAAACCAUCACAGAAGGGAUAUGCCAAAUUGGUUUUUGCUGACCCUUCACAUGGCAUUUCUAAAAAGAAAAAGAAGUGA